AUGAAAUCCACUGGAAGACAACAAUCAAAAAAGCACACCACCAUAUCACCAAAACAACAAACGCUGCUUGACUUUGUAAGGAAAGUAUCUGCUGACACAAAAGAAAAACGUACGCGAGUAGAAGCUGAUAAGACGUCGUCCAGAGUUCCAACUAAUGAAGACACAUACUCAGCGACAAAAAAGAUACGAAUAGAGAAUAAAGGUGUUCGCUCGCAUCUAAAGUCGACUUAUUUUGAAGGAGACAAACCGCGGGCGUCCGACUGGGCCGAAAAGUAUUGUUUUUCUAGUGGUGAAAAGGAGCCAAAGAAAAAGCAGUCUGAUAAGGACAUUGUAGUUGUUAGUAGUGAUGGUAGUGACAUCCAAGAUGACAUGGAUAUCGGACGCGAGAUUAAGUCACCUGAUGCGAUGAAUAUAGAAGCAAGUGUGAAUAUGGAUGAGAACAAAAACAAGAGACAAAUGUUACACGAACGAUUCGUUAAGAAGUUGGGUAAUCACGCGCGAGAUGCCAUGGAAAUCGAUGAGAGAGGGUCGCAAGAGACAGGUCGUACACCCAGCGACAGAGCACCAUCUAAAUCGUCUGUGAUUACUUACACCCCACUGGAGAAACAGUAUCUCGCGAUAAAGCGUGAAUAUCCCGACACCUUGCUCAUAGUAGAAGUUGGAUACAAAUUCAAGUUCUUUGACAAGGAUGCAGUUGUAGCAUCGAAAAUACUAAGCAUAGCCCAUUUCAUGGACCACAAUUUUUAUGUCGCGAGUAUUCCAGUACAUCGUUUGAAUGUACAUGUGAGAAGACUUGUAUAUGCUGGAUAUAAAGUUGGCGUUGUGCGCCAAAUGGAAACAGCAGCAUUGAAGGCUGCUGGAGAUAAUCGAAACACGCCAUUUUCCGAUCAUGUGAUGGCUAUAGUGGAAGAACACUGUGGGGGAAGUGGAUUAGACGAACUGGUUAAGAUUAGCGUUUUGGCAGUCCAAAUAGCAACCGGAGAUAUAAUUUACGACUACUUUGACGAUGGACAUAUGCGAAAUGAACUAGAAACGCGUCUUCUUCACAUUCGGCCAUGUGAAAUAUUAUUGCCGAAAAUAAUAAGUAAACAGACAGAGAAAGUUAUAUCACACAUUACGUCUCAAAGCACUAGUGGUGUUGGAGAGAAAAUCAGAAUAGAAAGAAUGGAUGACAUCCAUCUCGACUAUGCAAGAGCAUUCAGUUUCGUGUCCGAGUUUUAUUCAAACGCCAAGAAUUGUAGUAACAAAGAAGUGGCAGACGAGAGUGGAGAGAGCGUAGUUAAAGAAACUCUUUUCACGGAUGUAAUGCAAUUUCCCAGAUCAAUCACCUCUUGCCUAGCCUCGCUAAUAUCCUAUCUUCAGAAAUUUUCGCUUGAUCACGUCUUUCGCUUAACGAAAUAUUUCACGCACUUUUCAGCACGUAAUCAACUGCUUCUCAAUGGCAAUACAAUAUCGAAUCUUGAGAUUUACAAUAACCAGACAGAUUUACGGGAGAAAGGGUCCUUGUUAUGGGUUUUAGAUCAUACACGUACUCCAUUUGGGAAAAGGUUAUUGAGAAAAUGGAUUGGAAGACCUUUGAUCGAUAUUGGUCAACUAAACGAGAGGAUUGGUGCUGUAGAGGAGAUAUUACAUGGUACCAGCCCCGUUUUGAGUGUGACGCAGGAGCUAUUGGGUAAAUUACCCGAUUUAGAGAAGGGAUUGUGCAAGAUACACUACGGAAAGUGCACAUCAUCAGAGCUUUUUCGAAUCCUAAAUUCCCUACAACGUGUCUCGUCUGCAUAUCUACCGUUCUCAUCUCUUGACUUGACUUCACCUCUUCUCACAAGUAUAUUCACGUUUCUCCCGAAAAUUAAGCCGUGUGUUGAUAAUUUUCUUAGUGUGAUUAAUAUUGGGGCAGCGGAAAGGCAGGAUAAGUUUAACUUGUUUAAAAAUGCAGAAAAAUAUCGUGAAAUUCAGCAACAUAAAGAGAAUAUAGCAACAGUUGAGAAGGAUUUCUAUAAUCACUUGAUGGAAAUACGUCGAUUGUUGCAAAAGCCAAAGUUUGAAUACAAGACUGUCGCCGGGAUUGAGUAUCUUAUUGAAGUGAAGAAGACUGAAGAAAACAUUGUACCGAAGACAUGGGUUAAAGUCUGUGGUACGAAAUCGGCGUCCCGCUUCCAUUCUCCAACAAUUAUGCAAAAAAUCAAAGAACGCGAUCAACAUCGAGAACGGCUCUCAUCCGCGUGUGACCAAGCAUACAAAAACUUUUUGCAAGAAAUAUCGAAUCACUAUGAAGUCUUACGAGAUGCAAUACAGAAAAUCGCUGUACUCGACUGUUUGUUUUCUCUCGCCAUUGUAUCUCGGCAGCCUGGGUAUGUGAAACCUGAAUUCACGGACGAGGCUGAGAUUGAAGUAGUUAAUGGACGACAUCCGAUGAUUGAACAGCUAAAUAAUACUUUCGUUGCCAACGAUGUAAAACUGAGCACGAAUGGACUGAGGACAAUGAUUCUCACCGGACCAAACAUGGGUGGAAAAAGCUCAUAUAUUCGCCAAGUAGCACUGAUAGCAAUAAUGGGUCAAAUAGGCUCAUACGUCCCAGCAUCGUCGGCUCGUUUAGGAAUCCUGGAUGCCGUCUACACGCGUAUGGGUGCGUCUGAUAAUAUGCUGGCUGGGGAAAGUACCUUCAUGGUUGAAUUGAAUGAGGCGUCACAAAUCAUGAAACAUGCUACCGGAAGAAGUUUAGUUAUUCUUGAUGAACUCGGAAGAGGGACUAGCACUCAUGAUGGAGUCGCAAUCGCAUAUGCAGUAUUGAGACACUUUAUCGAAAAGAUCAAGUGCAUGACGUUAUUUGUUACGCACUAUCCAUCGCUGGCCAAACUGGCUCAUGACUUUCAAGGAAUUGUAGAGAAUUAUCAUAUGGGGUUCCUGGAGGCUGAAGGAGAAGAUGGAUCUCAUUCAAUUACAUUUCUGUAUAAACUGACUGAGGGUGUAGCUAUGAAAAGCUAUGGUAUUAAUGUUGCUCGUCUCGCUAAGCUACCACAAGCUAUAAUCGAGCGUGCAUCUGAGAAAUCCCACGAGCUCGAUCGGAAACUUCGAUAUCGACAACAGACAAGUCAAAUUACAGACAUAUUGAAACUACUUUUUCGCAAUGAGCUUACAAAAGAAAGUGCGACAGAGAUUGUGAAGAAA